CUUUCUCCCCGGCCGGCUCCGCCUCUCCCGCCCGUUCCGUCAGCCACUCGGCUCUCGUCGCAGCCAUUUUACCGAGGAACGUCUGCGCGCCGGAGGACGCCGAGACAGCACUGAAGAGUGAGAUUAAAUAGCACCUGAUAGUCGGAGGGGUGUGGCCACGGGUGUCUUGAGGCCAGUGUCUGAGGGAAGUCGACGGCAGCUGCAUGGACGGCGCAAACUCCACAGAAUCUCUGGAGGAGUGCUAACAUGGCUGCUGCAGCGCGAGGGCCUACGAUUGGCCGGCCGUUGGAAUUCGCCAAAGAAGAGCAGAGGGCGGUUCACUCCUGGUCCAGGAUUGCGUCUGCUGGUCACAAUGUCGUCCUGGAUGCUCUGAAGAUCCUCAGCCCCAUGUCACGAGACCUCUCAAGCACCGAAGAAUUAGUCACCUUCUUGCAAGAGCUGAGCGAGGAGGGCCACAAGCCCACUGUGCUGCGGAGCAAGGAUGUGUACGGCUACCGCUCCUCCACGAACCAGCUUCUGACUGAAGACAUGCUUAAGCAACCCAACCGGAUUGUCAGACCUACAGCCAAAAAGAGGCGAAGGGUUAGAGUCAAGAAAAGAGAGGUUCACCCUUCAUGGAACAUCUUUGAAAGACGUAACCCCCGAAUCCAGGGGAUUCCGCCCCCUGAGCUACUGACGGACCAUCGUGCUGUUGUCUACAACAGGACGCCUGUUCGGAUGUCAGAGAUUUCAGAGCCGCCCCCCAUGCAGUCGUGCCUCAGACUAACUAAUAUCAAAGGUCUGUCUGGCUGUCACACGGCUAGGCUCCAGAUCCAAACUACAUGGGACUUACCCUGUAAGACACCCCCGGUUGUCUUUUUGCAGAAGCAGCCCCCUCCAGCACUUUCAGGAAUACCUUUGCAGCCUUCCCAGAAUGGUGGUGGGGCCUCCACUCGAGCCGUGGCCUUGUUCAGCCAGAAGAACCUGUCCUGCCCCGUCCGCCUGGACGGCGCCCUCAUUGGAGAUUCCGCGCCAGUGUUCUAUGCUAACGGCCGAGCUUUCCCACAGACACAUACAGAGCUGAGCAGCAACGGCUGGAGGGGCAUCGGCCUCCACCAAAAUGGACUGGGCCCAAAAGAACUGACGAACCCGACCCGGCAAAGAAACCGCUGGAAAGAUAAGAGACGUUUACGAUCCAAAGUCAUAAAGGUGGAUGACUCUCGCUCAGUGGAUGAAGCCCGAUGGAAAGCUCAAAACAUUUUACAGGUCAACCUGUCUCCAGUCAUCCAGAUCCAUCCUCUCAACCACGUUCUCAGAGACUUCAGAUACCAGAAGAACUGACGCUCCUUCAAGCAUACCUUGUUUCAUUAGUUAGUGUCUUACAUCCUUGAGUUUCUACCUGGAUACCAGACUUCUUUCAUGGUUUUUGAAAUGUCUGCAGAGGAAGCCCAGGUAGGUCCUGAACGAUUUUUUUAUUUUUUCUUCAUGUCGGUCACAUGAAAGGCUUAAGAAGUUGGAAAUGUAUUUUCCUAGCUGGCUGGGAAAUGAUUUUCCACAGAAUGCUGGUACUUUUCUACGCCACACAAAUCCGGCAUUCUGCUUUCAGUCAAGAUGUCGGCCAAUGUUUUCUCUUCCGUUUUCACUUUGAUGGUCUUAAUGUUAUGCCAUUAUUUUUGCGUGGAGCACCAUUAUUUCAUUAGUAUUUCAAAUUCCAUGGAAGAAUAGCACCAUUUUGGUUUAAGAAUGAAAGUAUUUUUUGUGUAAUGUCUUGCAGCGGUGAGGCCGAUGCGCUUCCUUCCGAAAGACUUGGUCUCCAAUAAACAAAGAUCCUAAAUUGUGGGAGAGAA